AUGUACUCUAAUUAUGAAUUCAGCUGUAGAAUUCCACACCACAAAAUAGUAAAUAAAAAGAUUGUCUAUGUGGUUAUUUUUGUCUCACACUCUUAUUGUUCUGCAAAAGUCUAACAUCUUAGAUAUUCAGAUGCUGAGAAAUUACAUUUCAAAUUGGAUAAGUCAUCAUAGCAAUUACGUCUAGCAGUUACUUUACCUUCAUUUCCUGGUAAGAAACUAUUUGGUAGUCAUAAUGAUUCUGAAUAAGGCAUUUUGAGACGUGUACUCAUUCAUAUAUUCAAUAUUUUAGAGAACUGAUUUGUAAGAUUAUUUUAACCAACUACUUAAAAUUGAUAAACUCUAUUCUAUACCAUGUUUGAAAUCUAUGUUACCUGAUAUCAAUGAUGAUAAAAGUGAACUCAAUUAAUUUUUAUUGGAUAAGUAAUAAAAUUUUAUAAAACUUAGACCUUAACAAUAAUACAAUUUUAUUAUUGAUUAAUUUUAAUAAUUAGACAUGUUUGUACUAUAUUAUGUAUAAGUUAUUGACAAUUUUAAUAAAACUAAAUGGAGAUUCAAAACUAGAUAUUCAGAUUUAAGAGAUAUUCAUUAAGCACUCAAAGAACAAAUCAAAUCUAAUAUUCCUGAAUUCCCUAAAAGAAAAAUUUUUGGAAUUACCAAUGAUGAUCCACAGGAAAUUGAAAAUAGAAAAAAAAAUUUAGAAAUCUACUUAAAUUCAAUUUACGCGUAUUUUAAUAAAUUUUAAUUAGAGUAAUCCAGAAUUAGCAAAUACAGAUAUUUUAGAUUAUUUCAUAUAAAAUAGUAGAAGAGAAUCCAAAAAAUUAUAAAAAUUUGAUGAAUAAAAAAUGCUUUUAAAAAUGGUAUUUUUAUAAUCUAUCUAUCUUAGAAACUUAAAUAAAAAUAAUAAAAACAAUAAUAAAUUGAAUAAUUGUAACAAAAAUUAUUAAAUGAUAAUAAUAAUUUAGAAUAUGAUAAUAAGAUGUCUCAAAAACCUAUUAAAUCUAUACCUAGAAAAGGGCUCUUUAUAAUUAAAGAACUAUUAGAUAAAUAUGAAGAUGACAAUACUACAUUGAUCAGAUAUAUUUCCUUAUCUACAAAUCCAUUAAAUACUGUAGGUUUUAAUUAAAUGUCCACAACUAUUUUAUAAAAUAACGAAUUAGAUGAUCAAUUUUUAAAAGCAGCCUCAUAACCAUAAGUUGGACAAUUAAUCAUGGAUGACUUUGAAGAUGAUUUUGUAAUGUAAAUAGAUGAAAUCACACCAGAUCUUUAAUUAACCGAUUAAUAGUAAUGA